GUAGCUCACAAUCAGAGUUCAGUACAAUUACAAAUAUGACACAAAUAAAAUUUCUGCUAUUUAUUGUUUGUUUUAAUUUCAUUAAAAAAGUUGUUACCGAGGAACUAAUGAUUUAUCGCGGAGAAGCCUCUCUCUCGUAUAGUUAUUAUUAUAAAGACCGCCCACUACUUUGCAUCAGCGACAAUCCAAAAGACGCAAUUACUUGGAAUACGCAUUUUGAAUGGAACUAUCCUGAACAGGCUCUUAGAGAAAAGCAAAGUUUACAAGCGUCAAAGUUGUCGAGUAAUCCCAAAUAUUAUCCGGGACAAUGUUACCUCAACGUCGACUCUUCAGAAUGUUUAUCUGCAUGGAAACAAUACGAUUCUAAUUGGAGUCUAACAUCUUCAUUUAUUAAGCCCAUGGGCCCAGUUUUCGAUAGUCGAUGGGAACAUUUUCCGGAGUAUAAAACAUUUGAUCCGGUUAGUACAGAAUUCCGUCCAAUUCUAACAUCAAGAAAUGGUGCUUAUUCUUCUUUAUUGUUCGGUGAAACCGGUAGUUUAACAGUUUCAAUUCGUGGAGCGUCUAAUGCCCAUUUCGCACUUUGUGAGAGUGACCAAUAUAACAAAGAUUUUUGUUACUGGCUCAUAAUCGGUGGUUGGAAUAACAACAACACAGCAAUUCGGAAAUGUCCGUCCGGCAUACCAUCAGGCAUUCCAGCUGAAAGAUCUGAAUGUCGGGUUAUAAGAGCAUCUUUCAUUAAUCACUUUCCAUUGUCUAAUCGAGAAUGGAAAACUUUUGUGAUUACUUGGGAAGCUUCAAGCCGAACUAUUGCUUUAUAUGAUCCAAAUAAAAGAGUCCUAUCCUACACCGACUAUGAGUCUUCACGGACCAAUAAAAAAUAUCAUAUUUUUUAUCGUGGCCCUGAUGAAAAGGUUCCACUACUAUUUCGUUAUCAUGAAUACACUUACACUCUGGUAAGCCAGCCAGAAGCCAAAUUAGUUAGUCCAACAUUGAUUGAUAAUGUACAAGACUUCUGUGUUGACAUGCUGAUCGGGUUGUGUCGAGAGUGCGAGUUAUUUAUAAGCUUGCUGGAUGGAAAUGGCGAUUAUCAUCUAAGAAAAAGAUUUUCUGGUUCAAUUUAUAAUCGUGUUGAUCAUGACUUAGCAAUGUGGCAAUACGGUCAAUUUAACGUUUCAAAUAUCCGUCAAUAUAAAGCUCCUCUAAGAUUAGAAAUAUCAACAAAUUUGAAAACUAGUUCGGAUGAAAAAAACAAUCAUUGGGCGAUCAGUAAUCUUCAAGAAUGCUUACCAAAAAAAACAGUUAAGACAUUAAUGAUGACAGCAAACCAAGACUAUGACGGCACUUACUUUUGGCCAGAAGUAACAUGUCAAAGAUUGUCUUACAAUUCACAACAUUCGAAAACAAUCAGUGCAAUUCAACAAGUUUCUGCUGCACCAAGAAAUACAACUCUGUGUCCUGCGUACUAUAUCGGACCAUAUUGUGAAACUGACUGUCAUAAAAUUUUCAAAAAUAACUGCGCUUAUGUAACUGUAUGCAACGAAAAUGGAUGCUACUGUUCACAAGGAUAUACAAAUUCUGACUGUAUGAAUGGAUGCUAUGUUGGAUCAUAUGGUUAUGGAUGCUCGAAACUUUGCAAUAACUGUUUUAAUAAUUAUUGCCAUUCUUACACGGGCACAUGUAUCUCUGGAUGUAAAGAUAUAAUAGAUCACUUUUAUGUUCCUCCAUACUGUGAAAUAGAUAUCGAACCUCCACAAGCACCUGAAUUUGAUCAGCUUAGUGAAACAAGCGUUCGAGUACAUUUUGAAGAAAUUGAUAAUUACAGAAAAGUCAAUGCUACAUUUGUUUUUGAGAUGAUGUCAUUUCAUGGAAUAACUGAAACGAAAGCUGCUGACGAAACAGAUACUAUAAUUUCUAAAACUUAUUAUGCAAUUUUCACCAAUUUAAGUCCGGGAAAUAGAUAUAAAACACGAGUACUGCUGAAUAUACAAUUCGAAGAAAAGUAUAAAAAUAUUGCAGGCAGCUGGAGAAAUUUUACGACUUUGUGCAAUGCGGAUGGGAAAUUUGAAACAGAUCGUAAUGAAACAAGUCUGCUACUUAAAAAAAUUCAGGGACAGGCAGAUAACUCAUGCCCUGAUAGUUGGUAUUCUGCUGCACUUUCAGCCAUUUUUUCAAGCCCGAAUAAAUCUCACACCAACAAAAAAUAUGAUACAGUACCGUCAUUUCCACUACUAUUUUCGAAUUUAAUUCCGUUUACAAAAUAUCGGAUUCAGGUAAAUGGCAACGAUAAAAACUAUUAUGACGAAGAGUUAUUAACUCUAGAAGCAAGACCAUCUUCAGUUGUUGGAUUGAGUUAUGAUGUACAAAAAAAUAAUGAUGUUCAAGUUCAGUGGUCCUCACCAAUAGAACCUAAUGGUAUUUUACAAGGGUACAGCCUAACUAUUCAGAUUGUUCGUUAUAGGGGUUGUUCAGAUGAGGUUCCAUUCAACUCGAUGACUUCUAAAACUUUUUUAAUAAGUGAUUUUGAUGAUACGAUCACAAAAACAAUCGAUGAUUUGAUUCCUUACGUCGUUUACGGAAUUAUAGUAUUUGCAUAUAAUACGAAAUUAGGAUUUGAAAGCAAAGUAGUUUUCCAAACCAAUGAAGCAGAAAUACCAACGGCUGUAUACAGCGAUAUUAAUUUCGCCAACUCCAAGAUCACUUGGAAAGACCCGGCUGAUUGUCGAACAAUUACUGGGCCAAUCGGUGGCGCUCGAUUAUUUUUUUUAGGCUUAAGUGAAAACGUCAGAAAUUUUAGCGAUAGCUAUGAUACAAGAUAUCACUCUUUUGAACUUAAUCGUACCAAAAAACAGACAGUUUAUGGAGCGGAAAAGUACAUGGUUCGUGUUCAUACACUUCGUCAAUUAUAUGGAAUUCACAAUGAAACGGCUUACAUUGAAUUAUCGUUUACUACUGAUCCAAAACCACCUCCAAAAGUUAAUGAAUUGGAAAUUGUUGAAGUGAAUGUACAAAAUAAGUCCACAACGUUGCGAUGGAAAAAACCAUCGCCGCCAACUAAUGGUGAAAUAUCCGAAUAUUGCAUACAAUUUUCUAAAGGAAACAAAAAACCUACGCCUGUUUGCGUUCCGGCAGAAAGUGUCUGUCAGUUAUGGGAAAAUUUACUGUGCGCUACUGUUGAGCAACCUAGCGGACAAGGAAAAUUUAUUGAAGUAAGGGCUUAUAAUAAAGGAGUCGAUAACCCCGGAGAAGAGAAUAGAGUGCCUGAUAUACGUGAUGAAACAAAACCAAGCGCGCCAAAAAUACUUGAUAUCAAAGAAAUCGACAAAGGGGUAGUUUAUAUCAAAUGGCAGCAUCCAUUCAAAACCGGAGGACCUAUGAAAAAAUUCGUAGUAUAUUAUAAAAUAAUAUCAACUCAGUUAGAAAAAGUACCAAACUCUUAUGACUUUAGUUCAAUUCAAUUUCCAAUUUCUUCAUAUAAAAUUGAUUAUAAUACUGCAUUGAAUCUAUUGCCAUCUACGCGUUACAAAAUAUCAAUUCAAGGAAUGAAUACACUACGAGGUGAAGUAUCAAGUACAGAAAUCGAAACAGCUUCUUCAUUAGCUUUCGAAUUCGAACCACAGCCAAUCGUAGAUAAUGAAGAAUCACAAAUUAAUAUUAUUAUACCGCCUAUUGUUAACAAUACGAAGGGAAGUUUGCUUCAUAUUAUUGUUAAAGGACCGUCGAUUUGUAAACAAGGUACAAUGUUAAGUUCCGCUUUGGAAAAAGACAUUGGAGUUGAAUACCAUGAAGUUGCUUGGCGCGUUGCUACUCUUCCGGCUAACAAACUAUCAAACUCUUCAUUUACCAUCGGUGACGAUGAAGUUUAUGAUGGUAUUGUAAACUGCCCACUUCAUGUUGGCGCGUCAUAUGGAGUAGUCUUAGUAGUUCAUGAAAAAGAUGAUGAUGUUCUCAAAAAAGCAACAACGAUUACUUGGAAAUCAGAACCACUUCAUAUAGGUCCAAUACCGAACAAAAAUCACGAAGUUUGGGCAAUACCACUAGUAUUAACUUUAAUAAUUAUUGGAGGAGCAGUUCAUUUCUACAUCAAAAGAAGAAAUGGAAUAUGCUUGAGAGAUAAAGAAGAUAGUAUUAAUUCUGAAGUACUUGUACCUUUGCCAACGAUCCCUCCUAAAGAACGAAAAACUCACGAACAUGUUGAUAAAGAAAAGUUACUGCCUCCGAAAGUUGAACAACGAGAAUCACUUUUUUUAACACCCGCUCAUUCAGUUGAACAAUUGAAAUCUUAUCCUGUCGAUGAAACAAUAUACGAAAAUUUAAAAAGUACUUCAUUAGUUAAACUUAAUGAGUUCCAGGAUUAUGUUAAACAAGCAAUUGCAUCUGGAAAAUUAGAUGAACAGUACGCUAUAUUUCCACGUGGUCAAACAAAAUCAUGGGAGUACGGAAAAUUACCGCAAAAUAAAUCAAAAAAUAGAUAUGGUAACUUAAUAGCGUAUGAUGAAACUCGCGUAAUACUUGAAAAAUUUCCAGAUGACCCAUACUCUGAUUACAUAAAUGCGAAUUAUAUCAAGGGUUACAAAAAAAAUAAAGCUUAUAUCGCAACCCAAGGACCUAAGCCAAAUACGUUGAAUGAUUUUUGGCGCAUGGUUUGGCAUGAACGUGUUCAAGUAAUUUGUAUGCUAGCUAACGUUAUCGAAGGUGGAAAAACGAAAUGUGAACAAUAUUGGCCUGAAAUCGGUCAAGAACUUAAGUUUGGAAAAGUAUCUGUGACAAAUAUCAGUCACACAGAUUUCGCGGAUUAUACAACUAGAGUACUUCAUGUAACAUGCGAUCAGGAGACUCGUAAAAUCGACCACUUUCACUAUACAUCGUGGCCAGACCACGGAAUACCAUUAUAUACUCAAUCUGUCGUAACUUACUUGAAAAAAUUACUUGCAACUCCUGCGGGAAAUGGUCCAGUACUAGUUCACUGUAGCGCUGGGGUCGGGAGGACUGGUACAAUCAUUUUAUGUGAUAUUUGUCUUCGCCGUGCCGCUGCUGAAGGUGUGGUGGAUGUUUUUGGAGAAACAGAACUAAUACGAAGACAAAGAGCUAAUAUGGUUGACAACAAACAACAAUAUCUGCUUGCGCACGUAGUUCUAGUAGAAUGUCUUCUCACCUUACCAACGACAAUAGCUUGCAAUGAUUCCCUGUCAACUAGAAUUCAAGAGUUUAAGCAGCAGCUAAAUCUACAACAACAGAGAAUAGAAGAGUCUGCAUGGCAAGAUGAAGCUCUUCAACCAAUCUCAUCAUUUUCACUUAAAUUGUCAGAUAAAAAUAUUUCGAAAAAUCGAUUUCCCGAUUUAGCAACCUCUCCAAAUUUCUAUAUCGCGAGAUAUCCGAGUACUGACGAAGACAGCAAUUACAUUAGUGGCGUUUACGUCGAUAGUGCACGGCGUCGCAAUAAUUAUAUCGCUUCGCAAAUUCCAAUGCCAACGACUGUUGGCGAUUUUUGGCGAAUGAUCGCUGAACUUAAGGUUAAACUCAUUAUUAUGUUACAACCGAUUGAUCCUACUGAUCCUACUUGCUGUAAAUUUUUUCCUGAUCCUGAUGAAGAAAUAAAACCAGUACCAUUUAUAACUUUGAAAGGACGAGAUAUUGUGAAUACUAAUAUUUUUUCUCAACGAAAAAUAGUUUUAACUGAUAAGUCAGAUAAAAUAGAGCGAGAACAAAUAACUACUAUUUUAAUUUGUAACGAAUCCGAACCUGGUAAAAGUAAACCACCGAAACCUUCUAUUUUAGUAGAUCUGUGGCAAGCCGCCGAACGUAUUUCAAGAAAUACUGAAGCUACUGUAGUUCUUUGCUAUGAUGGCGUCACAAACUGUGGAUUGUAUAUAGCCAUGAGCUUUUUGCUCGAAAGAAUGGGCUUAGAACACGAAUGUGAUGUUUGUUUGGCAGUACGAGCUAUUCGAAGAUCACGAAAAGAUUUUUGCAAGACAUUGGAUCAAUUAGACUAUUUGUACAACACUGCCUUGCUUUAUGCCGAUUAUUUUGAAACUUAUGCAAACUUCAGUUGAAGUUAUCAUCUUUAUUUGCAAUAUUUUUUAUUCCAUCUGUUACUACAUUAAUUAUGUUUUGAUUGAAUUAUUAUUGACUCUUAACAUAAAUUGAAAUUAUUAUUACAACUGUGAAAAAUAUUAUUAGAUGAAUACGAUUACAAUCGAAAACACCUUUCUAUUACUCUGUAGUACACUAAAAAGAUGCAAACAAAGCGUCAACUUAUUGAAGUCAACUUGACAUCAAAUUGUGGUAGUAGAUUGGCCUUAACUUACUCAUAAUAAUGGUUGCUUGAUUAUUCAAGCCAUUUUCAUCACAAGCUAACGGAAAUCUACAACCAAAAAUUGAAGACAACUUGUAGUCAAUAAUUGGAUAGUCAAAUGUUACUCUCAACAGCAUAUUGACUGAAACUGUUUCUUAGUGAGUUAUAAUAUUCAUAUUCUCUGAUAGCGAAAGUUUCUGGUCAGAAAGUUGGCAUCGAGAAGUUGCAAUCAAGUUGAUGACAACUUCAGCUUAUGUAACUAUUGAUCGUUGACAACAUGUCAACAUCAACUCUCUGGAAAAAUUGAUGACAACUUUCCAUCAAUUUAUAGAAAGGCUAAUUUUUAGGUUCAACUUGACGACAAGUUGUAGCAGUAGAUUGUUGAUAGCAUGCCGUCAGUAUGAUUACCAGAGUUUGGUUGCAGAGAAACUAGUUUUAUGGAGAAAGAAUGUCCAGAACUAUCUAUACGACCGUAGAUAAGAAUUGAUGCUGUCUUCCCCGAUAGCAAGACUGGUCGGAAAGUUGGUGUCAAUUAGUUGCAAUCAAAUUGAUGACAACUUUCAGGUGACUGUUGACUACAAAUUGUUACUUUCUCAGAAAGUUAGCAGCCACUUGCAGUCAACUUAUAGAAAUGCCUCUUUUUGGCGGCCAACUUGGUAAGGAACUGCUGCAGAAAGUUGUCAUCAGCCUGCUGCCAACUUAGUUAUCAUCAAAACCCAUAGAGUUUUUACCAAGUGUUGAUAACUAAAAGUAACUUGAAUUGCUACCGAGACAUUCCCUUCUCCUGUCUUAUUUUUCAUGUGUGUUAGCAAACAUAUGCAAUUUCUUCAUUAAAAUAAUUAUACAAAUCAACUUACAUGCAUAUAUGUUUGAUUGACACGUAUUUAAAUAUACAAACAAAUGUAUCAACUAACGUAAGAACAUCUUUCUCUUUCAGCCCCCACUUGAACCUCUUUACCUUAGCAACUACUUCCACCGUUGUCUCACGAUACGAUAAGACUUCAGUUACAAAAGCUCUAAGUACACAUUACACAUUCUAUCUCUUACAACUAUUUCUUAACAUUUAUCAACAUAAAUUUAAAAAUAAAUUCACUUUCUUACCUAUUGACGUCUUCUUCAUACCAGACUAUACUUUCAAAAAAAUAUAUAUCUCGUAAUUACUGGAGGGUUAUUAACAUUUUUUAGUGUUUAUCAGUGUGGUGUAGACUACGUAUCGUCAGAGUGUCAUACAUUUAAAUCAUAAAUUUUGAAAGUUUAAAUCCUGGAAUUUUCAAUUAGCCGCAACUUGAUCAGUUACAGAGAAUAUUUUGAAUAGAAGAAGAAAAAUAGAAUAGACGUCUUGAGGAAAAGAGGGAGAGAUUUAAUAAAAGGGAAGAUACCUCAGUAAAAUACAGAACGGGCAUAUAAGUUUAGUUCGGGCGUUGGGCCUUGAGUGGUUCCAAUUGACUACAGUCCAAGUUGGCUCUUAUUGGCCAGACGGUUGAUCCCCUGACUCCUGAGACACAAACGCUACGCCAUUACAACAAUGGUUUCCGUCAUCUUUGUCGUUGCUUAAAUGAUCGUCUUCAUCAACUCUAUAACAUUAUAAAUAUACAUAUAUAUAUAUUCUCGUCUCUGUAAACCUUCGUCAUCACCACUAUUGUUAAUCCACCGUCAACGCUACUGCUGACAUUACUUGCGUUAUUCAGUUUAAAACAGUUGAUCGGAUAACUUCGAGAGAUCAACUAUUUCAGCUCUGAUCUACAAUAACUUUUUCCGUUUUAUCAUAGAACGUGUCUAAAAGACUAUCGGAAAUUAGACGUAGUCUCUAACGGCUUCCUGUCUUAAAAUUGAAUCUUCCGGUUUUAUAUGUCGUUUUCGUUCUGUUUUGACAAGCUCUAAACUCAUAAAAACUACUGACUUGUUUCUGAUGAAGAAAUAAAAAAUAGUGUUGGAGCUGAACUAUCCUGGAUUAAAAAGAAAAUGACUUAUUAGUGAAAUAAAAGGGGACAAAACAAUACUAAAGUUGGCACGAGUCUGUGGAUUUUUUAAACUUAUUAGUAAUUAUUAUUUUAUCAUAAUGGAAAGAAGAAUUUUGAAAAUGUUGUGACUAAGUAUCAAGUUGCGAGGCCUUCGUCGCCAUCCAAGACACUAAUAAGUGUGUGAUCAGUAGUAUAGAAAAAAUACAAUUACUUAGCAGUACGUUACAGUAGAAAGAUAAGUAACCACGUGCAAGAGGAAUUGUUAACGUGGAGGAUGUGAAAAUACUUGAAGUUGAAACGUGUGUCCAUUAUAUUCGAAGAUUGAAGAAGCAGCCAUUUUUAUUAAAGUGAAAUUUAAUGUAAAACAGUGAGACUAAAUAAAAAUUUUGACAAAAAGAAUACAAGUAUUGAAAAGAACAAUUUGAAUUUGAAAAAGAAUAUU